UAAAAUGAUUGGUUGGUAGUUUACAAAAACAAGAAUUCAAUUCAUUAAUCUAUUGGUCUAUGUAAUUGGUUUCAAUUUGUAAAGUAUUUAAUGUAGUUUAAAGCUGCUUAUCAAAUAAAUUUUGACAAAUUAAUCUCUACAUUAAAAAUAAAUUAUGAUGCAUCCUAUAAUUACAUCAUCACACUUUAGUAUAUUCUUAAUUGUUUUAUGUUUAACAAUGAAAAAUGUUUAUUCUAUCACAUGUUACGUAUGCGAAAAUUGUUUGAGCGUAGAUGGAAGUACUUCAACUGAAUCUGGCUGUGGAGGAUGUAUUAGAACUGGAGUGAAGGGAAUUUAUGUUAAACGACAAUGCGUUGCCAACUGUUCAGGUACUGCAGCUAAUUUCCCUAUUAAGGAUCUUUUAUCAUGUUGUACAACUGAUUAUUGUAAUCAUUCAAGACAAUUGAAACCAUUUAUUACUAUGGGUUUAAUAAUUUACUCUGCUUGGUAUAUAUUUAAUAGGUUUUAACUGAUUUAACACUUGAACUUUACAUUUUAACAAGACAAUAGGACAUAUUUUCUGAUUUGACUAACUUUAUAAUGUUGGUGAUUUUAACGAAUCCAUAUAUAUAUUCUCGAAUUGUUGUUUCAACAAUACUUUUUCGAUACAUUGCAUACUUACUUACGCCUGUUACUCC